CGGAACCGUACAAAUCGAGCAACUUCUACGUGUGUUCGUCAACUCAAUGUCAGUGACAAAGAAGUAAGUGACAGCAACAUGUCGAUGUCGUGGAUCAAGACACAAGAGGAAACAAUCCAUAGCACCUACUCCUACACCACACCAAAUUCCAGAAAAGUUG